AUGCAAUAUAACUAAGCAAACAACUAACAGGGCUAAUAUCCUAAUAAUUAUAUAAGCUAGCAAUACCCAGAAUAAUAUCCUUAAUACCCUUAAUAAUAUCCUGCCUAAUCGCAAUAAUUUCCAUAAUAUCCUAAUCAACCAAAUUAGCCUUAUAUGGAUAAUAAUAUUCCUAAUGGCUAACCAGUUAAUUAAGGUUAUUAAACAAGCCAAUAAUAUUAAUAAGUGUAACUAUUUGUUUGUUCUAAUUUAGUUAAUAACCUUAUAUAACUAAUGUGGCUAUUUUAGUUCCAACCCCAAUAUAAAUUAGUGCUGAGGGAAUGAGAUUUCCUGUCUAGAUUAAGUGUUAAUUUUGUCAAUAAGUUGGAAUCACAAUAGUUGAAAAUAGAAUAGGCAAUGGAACUAUUUGUGCAUCAAUUUUAGUUUUACUUUUAUGUUGGCCUCUAUUUUGGUUACCUUGUUGUUUAGAAGAUUGUAAGGAUAAGAUUCAUUUAUGUUAAAAUUGCGGCAAAAUAGUGGGAUAGAAAGAAUAUGAAUUAUGUUGACUCUUCC